CCACCCGGUACCAAGUUUAAGUAAAGAGUUGUUGGCGAAGCAACUAAAAAUGGCGCAGGGGAAGGGGGCGGCCCGUCAGGCCUACUUCCUCACAGACCCAAACAAGUACGGUCGCUUCAAGAAGAUGUCACGAAUCGUCCUGACCCACCCCAACCCUGACGCCACCCCGGUCAGAAACCAGUCCCUGGUCACCAGCGACAUCGCCUUGUUCACCAACCUGACCAACAUGACGAUAUGUAACAACACUCUGACCGGGAAGUCGCUGAGAAACAUCUGUCUCUGCCCUACGCUGUCCACGGUUACUGUCAAUAACUGCGCGGUGCCGUAUCUACCGGGACAGAUGGCCAAACUAGAACGGUUGGAACAUCUCGACGUGAGUUUCAACGAAAUCACGUUCAUACCGGACGCCGUUUGCAAACUUCCCAAGCUGAAGACCCUCAAGGCGCGCGGGAACAGGGUAACCACCUUAAAGAACAUCAAGUCUCUCAGGCAUUCCAACAUGACCCUCCUGGACUUGAGCGAGAACUUCGUCGAAACCGUCGCCCCAAAAGACAACCAAUCACCGACACUGAGAGAUCUCGAUCUCUCGUCCAAUAGACUGCGGUCUUUCUCAAUGAAGGCGAGCGAUUGGCCCGAGUUAAGAAGUUUGAAUUGUUCGGACAACAAGAUGACCAGCUUUACUAUCAUGUUCAGGGUAAGAAAGGCAGGGGAGGGCAAACUUACGAGGUUGUUGCUAAGCAGUAACCGACUCAUCAAAAUCCCCAACACGGUGUACGACCUGCGCGGGCUCGAGACUCUGGACAUUUCGAAUAAUCUCAUCGAUCUUGUUCCCGGGAAUAUCCGGGGCCUGAGCAACCUCUCGUCCCUCGACGUCAGUCGCAACAGACUCAAGGCCUUGACCCUUGACAUUUUCUGCAUGCCGAACUUGACCUCGCUUGACCUCUCUCACAACAUGCUCGUCCGAGCGAACUAUGACGCCCAGACCGGCGUAGGUAUCCAACUGUCCGCGACUCUGAAAUUGUUGGACCUGAGCUACAAUAGGUUUCCUGACAUACCCACCAUCGUCACAUUGUUGCGCGGUUUGGAAGAGCUAGAUUUGAGCCAUAACGAAAUCACCAAGUCCGAACUUGACCUUCCAGAGAACGGUCCGGACAAGCGGAAAGAAGGAAGCAAACUCAAGACCCUGAAACUGGGAGGAAACAAACUUCAGAACCUCCCACUCGUGUGGUGGUCCAAACUGUCUCAGCUCACGGAGCUGGAUUUGUCCGGGAACGACAUCAGCGUGAUCCCCCCGGAGGUUGUGAACAUAUCACAGAACUGCAACGUCAACCUGGCCGGGAACCCCCUUCAAGAGCCUCCGUACAGCGUGUGUCGGUGGGGGUUUCCCGCUAUAUCGGAUUUCUACAAGGAUUUGAGUGUAGGAGAGGACACCUUCUGCAGUAUGAACGUGCUUGUUGUGGGCGCGCGGGACUCCGGUAAGACCGUGUUAGUACACGCCAUCAGGCGGAGUGAGGCGCGGUUCGUGUCCUGGGUACCACAACCCACUGUCGGCGUGGAGAUCAGCGAUUUUGAGCUCCAGAUGCCGGACCAGAACGCCGACCAGUCGGAGAUGGACUCGUUCCUCGGCCUCCCGUUCUCCAAGUGCCCGUGUGACAAGCUGAACGUCCGCACCUGGGACUUCUCCGGAGACCCGAGCUACAGCGGCUACUACAGGUUCCUCCCGGUGUCCACACGCCUGGUCCUCCUGGUCACUGACCUCAGCAAGUUCGCGCCGGACAACUUCGCCGUCAACGUCGAGUCGUGGUUCACAAACGUGUCCAGUUUGUUGCGCAGUCCGGUUGUGAUCCCCGUGGCGACUCACCUGGACACGAUCCCGGAGGAGGACGUCAUACAGUCCCGCUGUCGUACCCUGCUCAGACUGCUGAUGGAGCUCACACAGAGACGGGCGCUCGAGAUACGGACAGCCCUCAGCGAAGCCAAGGUCUCCCUGAACAUACACGGAGGCGAGCUGGCGAGGGAGAAAGUUGCGGAGUUGGAGGGGAUCCUGAAGACACAGCCGGUCGUGUAUUCCAGCGUCUUCUCCGUCAGUGCCAUCACUGGCCGCGGGAUCGAGUCACUCAAGCAGAUCAUCCGGAAAUGUGCAAUGAACCCGAAGAUGGUGCCCGAAGUCACCCGAACCUUGCCGAAGUCCUGGCUCACGGUUCGCGACGGCGUCUGGAAGGAGAUGAUGCCCGUCGUCAACCUGCAGUACUUCAAGGAGUCGCUGUUGUCGCUCGUGCCUUCAGGGAUCAUCCAAUCACAGGUCAAGGUGCUCGCGACGUACUUCAAGGAGACCGGUGACGUCGUAUACUUUCCCGACAUUCCCGGCCUGGAGGAUGACGUCAUCCUCCAUCCCUCCUGGUUGGUGGAGAAACUCGGCGCCGUGUUACGUCACGACCUGGAGAAGACGCUGUCGUGGCCUCUGGAAGGAAAGAAGGACUGUCUCAGAAAGCAGGGCGUCUCGAAGAAAGACUUCUUCAAGAUGCGGCGGGAGAUAUCAGAGAAAGCAUGGCUGGACGCCAGACUUGUGAAGUGUCUGUGGGAAGAACCGCCCGACACCUACCACAGGGUUCUCAUGACCAUCAUCGAACAGUUCAGCCUGGGGUGCAAGGUCGUCUCCAUGGAGACGGUCCAGCUGCACGACAGAACGUCGUCCGAUGUCCCCGACAAGGCGACGAAAGCUCGGGCGUUCGCGCAGAAGGAGGCGGUGAAGGUGCUGUUCCCGUUCUACCUGUGGAACGAGAGACCCGCGGAGCUGAACCAGGCCUGGCCCAAGAAGUGCCCGCUGACGUCACAGGAAGUGACCGUGACGUACCGGCUACAGGGGUCAUCUACAACCGGCACGUUCCGCAGCCUGCUAGUCAGGUACCACCUGCUCAAGCCCAAGCUGGAGUUCCUGCACAUGUGGAGAGAGGGCGCUGUUUUCAAGCGGGAGGCCGACAACAGGGUCUUCACCUUCCUGAUGACCGUGGAGUCGGCCAGGGAGACAUCCGGGACCCUGACUCUGAGCGUGCGCACUGGGAAGGGUCGGGAGGCCCUGCAGGCGGUGUGGGAGGUCCUGCUGCCGCUGCUCAUGGAGGUGGAGAGGCUGUUCGCUCAGCUCACCGGAGCGAGAGUGGACCGCUACAGCGCCUGCCCCCGGUGUCGCCAGCCGAGUUUCACCGGUCAGUGGACGCACCCCGAGGCCGCCCGGACAUCCGGAGGGACGGUCUGCUCCCACUGCAAGGACAGAGUGGAGCUAGGGUACCUGGUACCUCCCAGAGACGUCACCAGCGUGACCAACCCUGACGGUGGUAGUACCACUGUGGUGGCUGAGCCCGAAGCACCCAAACAACAAAACACUUCCGUCGACGGCAGUUUAGUAGAAACACACUAGAGACAGGAUAUUGGAAUUUCCUUUGUCACAACCAGUAAUGUCUCUUAUCU